AUGAACCUUCUACUUCCCCUCCUAAGUUUUAUUUACUCCUUCCAGCCAGUUGCUUGCUGGGGAGAUCUAGGGCACCGCACUGUCGCCUACCUUGCCCAGAAAUACCUUAGCAAUGAGGCAGCACAGCUCGUAGAUGUUCUCCUGCCUAGUAGUAACGGGGAGGAUAUCUCAGAUGCGGCAGUUUGGGCUGACGCAAUAAGACCCCACUUUCCAUUUACCAGGCCAUGGCAUUUCAUUGACGCCUUGGAUCAUCCACCCGAGUCCUGUCAAGUGUCCUUUACGUCGGAUUGUGGUAGUGCUGGAUGCAUAGCAUCCGCUAUUCAAAACAUGACAAAUCGGAUUAACGAUGAUAAGCUAGAUAAGGAUGAACAAACCGAAGCUCUUAAGUUUCUCAUUCAUUUUCUCGGUGACAUACACCAGCCGUUGCAUGUGGAAGCAUUGGAUCGCGGAGGUAACGAGAUCCAUGUAUGCUUCGACGGUCGGUGUGGCAGAGACGAGAACCUCCACGGUAUCUGGGAUACAGACAUUCCUCAUAAAAUUAACGGCCUAAAGCAUAAUCUAAAACAUAAUGAGGAAAAAGAGCCGGCUGCACAAUGGGCAGCAACCCUCUUUCAGACAAACAGGUUCAGGCCUCGUCAUGCAGAGUGUUCAGACAUUCAGAAUCCUUUGGAAUGUGCUAUGCUGUGGGCAAGGGAGACGAACAGACUGAAUUGUGAUUACGUCUUGAAAAAUGGCGUCAACUGGCUCGAAGACAAUGAUCUUGGUGGUGCUUACUACGUUGGUUCUGCCCCUAUUGUGAACGAACAGAUCUACAAAGCCGGAGUCCGCUUGGCCACAUGGCUAAACGCUCUGGCAGCACAAAGGUCAUCAAUGGGUAAGCUUGUUAAACAAGGCGGAAAAGGGAGAGCUUGUUUUGAGCUCUGA